UUGUUUCCCACCGGACACAUUUAGCAACCGAACCGCAGCAGGCCGAGCUCUCGUGUCCGCAAGGAACGAGAGAAGAAAGCAAGCAUUUUUCACGUGUCUAUUCCAACCAAAUAGUUGUCAACGUCGCCCUAUGCUCCUACAUUACGACUCCAACACAAGCUUGGACUUUCCUUCAAGCUGGCGAGUAACAGCAUGACGACGCAAUUUGCUCAGAGCGAUUACCGCGUGGGCGAGGUGUCGGGAAGUUUGCGGCGGCAGAAGAAUGGCGCGGCUUCCGGCAAGCUUUCGGCUCUCUUCGGCAGCGCCGUACCGGCGGCGAGCGUCCUCUUUCGGGCCGCUCCGCAGCUUCCACGUCUCAGCGAACAGUCGGAGUAUCCCGAGGUCAAGGUCAAAGGUGGCAAAAAGUCCAACGGGGAGAAAACCCCCACGAUGAAAACGGAAGCCGAGCGAAAGCUGGAGAGCAGGGAGCAAAGCCUGCGCGGCGCCGACGAGGCCGAGCGGUCGCCGGCCGCUCGCAAGAAGCGCAGCGCCGGCGAGGCGGGGCUGGCGAAGGGAGCGGAGCACCGGCCGCCCAAGCGGCGGCGGCAGAAAAAGCUAGACGAGGAUGGCAAAAACCAGAGGACGGUCUUUGUGGGGAAUCUGCCCGUCGGCUGCACCAAGAAGACGCUGCUGCACAUGUUCCAGGCCGACGGCGCCGUCGAGUCCAUCCGCUUCCGCUCCAUGGUGCGAGAGGACCCAGCCGUGUCGCGCAGAGUCGCCGCCAUCAAGCAGCAAGCUCACCCAUCUGCACGGAGCCUCAACGCCUACGUGGUCUUCAAGGAGCCUCGAGGGGUCACCAAAGCGCUACAAAGGAACGGCGCAGAGUUUGAGAAAGAUUUCAUCAUCCGCGUGGACCGCGUGAGCUCCGAGUCAGUCCAAAGCCACGACCACAAGCGCUCGGUGUUCGUGGGGAACCUCAACUUCGAGCUGAACGAGUCGGCGUUGCGUCGCCACUUUGAAGUAUGCGGCGCCGUGGAGGCCGUCCGAUUGGUGCGCGACCGCAACACGGGCCUGGGCAAAGGAUUUGGUUACGUUCUGUUUGAGAGCGGCGACUCGGUACAGCUGGCGCUGACGCUGGAAGGCAGCAAGCUGCAGGGCCGGACCAUCAGGGUGAAAAGGUCUGUGGAGAAGGAGGCGGAGAGCGCCCCCCGGAGGACGACGGCGGGAGCCCGGGGCCAAGGUGGGCGCCGCCCGGCCCAUUUCCACGGUGAGAUGGUCAGCCCCGAUGCCCCGAAACGAGCAAAAAGGCGGCGGCCGAGAAGGCCGUGAAAAAAAGUUUUGGGUUGCCAAGAAAACCACCCCAGUUGAAGUGGAUGAAGAAAUGUUGCUUGGCUGCCAUCAUGAGACACUUUUGUAUCAUUUCAAAUGCAGUUUUGAAACCUUUAAUGAUUUUCAAUGAAAUACAAAUGUGAUUGGA